UCGUGCUCAUGGCAUGGGUAAGAUGAAAUUUUUGUAUAAUUUGUAUGGAUUUUUUUCAGCAACAGAAAAAAAGAAGCCCGAUUUAUUCAAUUACUCGCGUUUUGUCGUUUCCAUCACAAGUUUUUGGAAUCUAUACGUAAAGAAACCAAAUCCCACAGCUCUUCACUGCCACCACUUGAUUCAGCAACAAAUCCUCCACGCGUCGCCACCAUUCACCACCACGCCACGGUGGCGGCGGCGGUCUCCACCACCACCAGGACCACCGGGAAGGGCCCUCCAAACCAAUUCCGAAAGCCGAACAGAACAAAUGGAAGUGGAGGUGAAGCUUCGCCUACCUGACUCUGCCUCUCACCAGCGCCUCUCCGAUUUACUCUCUCCCUUCCACUCCAAAACCCUACUCCAAGAAAACCUCUUCUUCGACGGCGCCGCCUUCGAGCUUUCCUCCAACCUCGCCGUCCUCCGCCUCCGCUUCUACGACCUCGAUUCCCUCUGCGUCCUCUCCCUCAAGGCCAAACCCCAAAUCUCCGCCGGAAUCAGCCGCGUAGAGGAGGAUGAAGAGCCAAUCGACCCCGUCCUCGGCCGCACCUGCGUUGCCGAACCCUGGCGGCUCUUAUCCAUCAAUUCUUCAAGAAUUCUGAACAGAGUGAAAGAAGAAUUUGGGGUUGGAGAGAAGGGAUUGGUUUGUUUGGGUGGGUUUAGGAAUGUUAGGGCAGUGUAUAACUGGAAUGGAUUGAAAUUGGAGCUGGACGAGACUCAUUACGAGUUCGGAACGAGUUAUGAGAUCGAGUGUGAGAGCUCAGAACCUGAUAGAGCCAAGAAAUUGCUUGAAGAGCUGUUGAAUCAACAUGGGAUUAGCUAUUCGUAUUCGGAGGUUUCGAAAUUCGCAGUUUUCCGAUCAGGUAAGCUACCUCAUCAAGUGUAGAAAGACAAAGUUUGUGACUUUAAAUUCAAAUUGUUUGUUUGAUAGAUAAUCGAAUUCAAACUUUGAAUUCUCUGAUGUUUAUGUGUAAUAAUUGUAUGUGAAUUCUGGUAACAUUGAUCAAUUAAUAUAGUUCAUUAGUAGA